AUGGAGUUCUAUGCAUACCCAUCUCGUGCUUUGCCUUCAUCGUCAUCUACAUCUUCAUUUUCAUUUGGGGUUUUGGUUGAUAAGGUUAAAGAGUUUUUCAGAUAUGCGGUUUCUGCGAUUAUUGGGAAUGUGUUCUCUGCGAUCUUCACAUUCUUCUUCGCCUUAGUGGGUACCUUACUAGGAGCCAUGACUGGUGCAUUAAUAGGCCAAGAGACUGAAAGCGGGUUUGUUAGAGGGGCUGCAGUUGGCGCCAUCUCAGGAGCUGUUUUCUCCAUCGAGGUUUUCGAAUCUUCGCUACUCUUAUGGCAAACAGAUGAAUCCGGAAUCGGGUGUCUCCUCUACUUGAUUGAUGUCAUUGUAAGCCUUUUAAGUGGUAGACUUGUUCGUGAACGGAUUGGUCCGGCCAUGCUAAGUGCAGUGCAAAGUCAGAUGGGAGCUGUUGAAACAAGUUUCGAGGAGAUCCCCAACAUUUUCGACAUUGGAGGGGCGAAAGGUCUCCCUGGAGAUUCAGUUGAGAAGAUCCCAAAGAUUGUAGUUACAGAGAAUAACAAUGUGGAUACUUCUGGGGAGAGAGUCUCUUGUUCAGUGUGCCUUCAGGACUUCCAGCUUGGAGAGACUGUUAGAAGUUUGCCCCAUUGCCAUCACAUGUUUCACCUACCUUGCAUUGACAUGUGGCUGGUGAGGCAUGGCUCUUGUCCGUUAUGCCGACGGGAUCUGUAA